GUGUGCAGGUGAGGUCAGUAAUUAACGAUGAUUCAGAAAGUAGCCAAGGUGGGUGAGUUGUUGUCUUUUGGCUUCGAAUGUCAAGCGAUAUAUCCAUUGUUCGAGCGAUAUUUAGCGCAUUGUAGAUUGUAGAGGGAACGCUUGGAAUUCUUUUCCGGGGUAGUGUUCGUUUAGCACCAUUUGUAACUGGAGACUUACUUGUGCAAGUUAACACCAGAUUAUGUGAAUACAAUUAUUACAUUCAACAAUUCCCACACUUUUGCUGACACUAUGUCUGGACAUACAAACAUCAUGUGAGAACAGCGCAUUCCAGCACGUAGCAGAUGUAAGCCAACACCACCUGUGGGAACGUCGCACAACAUCAGCAACGAAUGACAUUUGCGGGAUAGGUGUAAUCUAGAGUAAGAAUUAGUUUUGUAAUUAGUCUAAGUUUGAAUUCGAAAUAAAGAGGUUCGCCUCAAAAAAAUAUUGUUGCGACAGAUCUGGCAACGCCUUUGCCUAACAUCCAAACGCACCCCAAUCCACCUGUCAAUCAGUAUUUUAAUUCAAUUAAUGUUACUCACGAGGCCAACUAACCUCAAUUCAAUUUGGCGCCAGCGGCAGAACACCAGAAGGAAUACGAAAGAUUUUUUUAAUAAAUUUAUUGAAUUAAAAUCGAUAUAUUUUCCUUGGGAACAUUUUAAAAAAAUCUUUCUGGAAUAUGCCGCCGAAGGCCCCAAAAAAUACUGGAACUAAGGAGAAGACAUAUAGCUGCCUCUUGUGCAACAAAGUGGAUAAUCUCCGAAUGGUUCGCUGUGAUAAUUGCGAUGGCUGGUAUCACUAUAUUUGUGUUGGAGUGACUUCUUCAGUAGCCCAUCGUGAUUGGCGAUGUACCCAUUGUUCCAGGCUGCUUUCAAGUGGAUUACUAGCAUCACAGCAAACACCAUGUAAUUCUAAGAAUGCAUCAGUUAAAUCCAAGAGUGAAGGGAAAUUGGAUAAAGUACAUAAGGAACGUCGCAUGUCUCUUAACGAUGGAGAUUCACGUCCUUUCGUCGGCGAUCUGGUACCUCGAACCUCUUCAUUAUCCUUACCUGUUACAGAAAAUACACCAAACCUAUUGAGCGUGGUCACCAGUCGGCCACUUCCUGAAGCUCAUUCUUCUCAAGAUGAUUUAGGUAAUGAUAAUCUAGAGGUAGCACGGGAUCUCAGCAAUUCUCAUACAGUUUUGCCGACUUCUGUAAAUGGCGAACAUUUAGGUAGUCAUGAGAUCUCUGCCCCAGCAAAAGAUGACAAUCAAAAACUUGAUGGGAUGUUUGCACCCAAGAAAAUCAAUAAGCGUGCGCGUUCUCAGAUAUCGAAGGCUUCUUCCUCUAAUGUUAGGCGAAUUAAUCUUGAAUUGCAGCUACUGCAAGAGCAACAAUCAAUUUUGAAACAAAGGGAAGAAUUACUUACCAAGCAAAGAAAUUUAACCGCCCAUCUAGCAGAGGAAGAAGACCAAGUUUUAUCAUCAGAUGAGGAAAGUGAGAUUUCAAAAGUUGAAAGCUGGCUAAAAGCAUCAUAUCCGAUUCAGUCAACAUCUAAAGGUGCACCUGCUGCGGAAAGCACAAACGCAACGCUGCUUCAGCCACCCACUGUUCCUCUAGUUAAUGUUGGUACUGGAGUGUCUCACCACGACCCACUGCUACAGCAGAUCUUAGAAAAAUUACUUGCUUUAGAGAUCAAAACGUCUACCCAAACGGUUAAUGCAAAUACAACUGAUUGGAUUCCACCUGGAAUGCUUACAAUAAGCGCAAAAAACACAGCGCCGGAAAAAGAAGAUGCGUCCAAAUCAAAAACUGAUUCAAAUGAUGUACGAACUAUAACACGUGAACAGGUUGCGGCUCACAAGGGAAUAUGAAAAGAACUUCCUUAAUUUGAUGGUGACCCAGAAGAAUGGCCCUUAUUUGUGGCCACAUUCGAGCAAACAACUAAGCUAUGUGGAUUUUCGGAUCCGGAAAACCUUCUUCGUCUUCGACAAGCUUUGGAAGGAAAAGCACGAAAUUCAGUUAGAAACUUAUUGCUGCAUGAAUCUUGUGUGACGCAAAUAAUAUCAACAUUACGAAUGAAGUUUGGCAGACCGGAACUAAUAAUAGAUGUCCUGUUGUCGCAAAUCAAAGAAAUGGCAGCACCUAAAGAAAAUCGUCCAGAAACAAUAGUUGACUUUGCACUAGAGGUACAAAAUAUAUGUGCCACCAUGAAAGCUUCUGGUUUGGUGAAUCAUCUGUGCAACCCUGAACUUCAACAGGAAUUGGCCUCUAAGUUACCUGGACUUUAAGGUCCCUUUUGGGGAAUGCACAAACUAACAUUGAAAAACUGCACAUUGGAUGAUUUUAGUAAGUGGCUGCUUCAACUUGCUGAAGGGGCAAACAUCGUAAUGAUUCCAAGCACUUUAAAAAAAGGUCGUCGACGAGGAGCUCUUAAUACUCACGCUGUGCAAAAUGAUCCUGUUGAUACUGAAUCCUGUGCUAUUUGUAAAGGUGAUUGCAAAGGUGUUGAAAAGUGUAGCAAAUAUUUACAAAUGAAAAGAGCAGAUAAAUGGAAUGCACUAAGAAACAAACAACUUUGUGGAAGAUGUCUCAGAGCCCACCUACCAGAGGCUUGUUCAUCAAGUGCAGUGUGUGGUGUAUAUGGAUGCCGCUCUUUUCAUCAUCCUAGCCUUCACAAGGAAUCUUCAGUGAAAACAGUUUCGUUAUCUUCACGUAUGAAUACACAUCAUAACAAGGAAGCACGAAUUCUUUUCCGAGUAUUACCAGUUACCCUACAUGGAAAAGGCGUUCAAAUAUCAACAUUCGCGUUUUUUGAUGAAGGGUCAUCAUUGACAUUAAUCGAUGAGAGUUUGAUGAAGGACUUGAACCUCAAGGGUAUCCUUCAACCAUUAUGUCUUCGAAGGACCUCAAAUACUCAUCGUUAUGAAGAUGAUUCCAUGAUGCUUGACCUUGAAAUAUCCAAAACUAAUAAUUCAAUCAAAUUCCCACUCAAAGAUGUACAUGCUGUGAAAAAUCUGAAUUUACCAGUACAGUCAAUUGAUGUGAAUUUGUUGCAGAAUCACCACAAGCACUUGAGAGGUCUUCCUAUAAAAUCGUAUACAAAUGCUGAACCAAAACUUCUCAUCGGACUUAACAACUGUCAACUUGGAGUAAGUCUAAAGUCUAAAGAAGGUGAAAGCUAUGAACCAGUAGCAGAAAAAACACGUUUGGGCUGGACAUUAAAAGGUCAAUCAGGCAAUAGUCUAUCUUCUGAAAGUACCAUGACCCACCACGUGUUUCAAAUGUGCGACUGUGAAAUUUCCGAAAAUAGUGAGCUGCUCGAGAUUGUAAAAAACUACAUUUGCUUGGACAACUUAGAUGUUGAUUGCAAUAAGGAUUUGCUUGUGUCAAGAGAGGACCAAUACGCUUACGACCAGCUGCAGAAGAUUACUCAAAAAAUAGAAAACCGAUAUUAGACUGGUUUACUCUGGAAACAUGCCAACAUGCCUCACCCAGACAGUUUCCCAAUGGCGCUAAGACGAGCAAGCAAAAAUGUUAAGAAAUCCGGAUUUAGGUUGCACGCUGCAAUCUAAAAUCGAAGAUUACGUAGCCAAGGGAUAUGCAAGAAAAUUGAACCCGUGUGAAGUUGAAACAAAAAAAUGUUGGUACUUACCCAUAUUUCCGGUGAUUAAUCUAAAUAAGCCCGGAAAAAUAAGACUUGUGUGGGAUGCUGCAGCUAAAGUUGAUGGUGUAUCCUUAAAUAGUAUGCUUUUGAAAGGUCCGGACCAUCUAACACCUAUGGUAUCUGCGAUUCGAAAAUUUCGUCAAAGGAAAGUCGCAAUUGGAGGAGAUAUAGCUGAGAUGUACCACCAGGUAAGAAUUCGCGCAGAAGAUCAAAAUUAUCAACGUUUUCUUUGGUUUGAGCCAGGUGCUCUAAAACCAUCAGUCUAUGUAAUGUUGGUAAUGACCUUUGGGUCAACUUGUUCGCCAAGCUGUGCUGAAUGCAUUAAAAACCUUAAUGCUAAAGAGUUCCAAGAUCGUUUUUCUAGAGCAGUUCAAAGUAUUUUGCAUAACCAUUAUGUAGAUGACAUGUUGGAUAGUGUUGACAGUGAAGAUGAAGCAAUUCAACUCGCACGUGAUGUCCACUACGUUCACUCGCAAGGUGGGUUUCAAAUCCGGAACUGGGUAUCAAACUCUAAGACGGUCUUAAGUGCACUCAACACAAAAUCUGUCGAUACAAUUAACUUAAGUUCUGAAAGAGAACUUGCCACAGAAAAGGUGCUUGGGAUGUGGUGGUCAACAUCUGAUGACAGUUUCGUUUUUAAAAUUUCAAAUCGUUACAAAAACGAGGAUGUGCUUCGAGGCGAAAAAAGGCCUACUAAAAGAGAGGUUCUCAGUUUAUUAAUGACAAUUUUUGAUCCCUUAGGUCUCCUUGCAUUCUAUGUUAUGUACACCAAAAUAUUUUUUCAAGAAAUAUGGCGUUCUGGAUGUUCAUGGGACGAGUUCAUUCACGAUAAAGAGUAUUCAAAGUGGUUACACUGGAUUCGAUUGUUACCUGAGGUGACAGCUAUGAAAAUACCAAGAUGUUACGUAAGAGCUGAUUUCAAACAUUUUCCAGAGUUUGAGAUUCACACGUUUGUGGAUGCCAGUGAAGAUGGAUAUGCUGCUGUGAGUUACCUGAGAAGUACCGAUGGAGAUCUGGUCGACUGCGUUUUGCUAGGAUGUAAAACUCGAGUAGCCCCUAUAAAACUGAUGUCAAUUCCUCGGUUAGAGCUUCAAGCAGCCGUCAUCGGAGCUCGAUUAGCCAAGAGCCUUCUAGCUACCCAUUCAAUUCAAAUAUCUAAACUAACAUUCUGGUCAGAUUCGCGCACUGUACUAUCUUGGCUUCGUUCGGAUCACCGUCGCUACAAGCAGUUUGUAGCUUUUCGCAUCAGCGAGAUACUCGAGUUGACGGAAUUGUCUGACUGGCGAUGGAUUCCAACGUCAGAAAACGUAGCUGACGAAGCAACGAAGUGGCAACGGAUUCCUGAUUUUUCAAACGACAGUCGAUGGUUAAAUGGACCAUCUUUCUUAAAACUUAAUUCAAGUGACUGGCCAAAAGAAGAUUACAAAAGUAAAACAACAGAUGAGGAACUUCGCGCCCAAUAUAUGGGAUAUCAUGGGAAAGAAAGUCUGGCUGGUGAGUGUUCUAUUGCUAUUGAACCCGAACGCUUCUUUUCCUGGAAAGCAUUGCUAAAGGUUAUGUCAAAAGUCAUCAACUAUGCUCGAUUUUGGAAAGAAAGGGUCUUUGAAGAAAAAUGA